AUGGCCGCACGACCUCAGAACAUUGGCAUCAAGGCCAUUGAGAUUUACUUCCCCAGCCAGUAUGUCGAGCAGUCCGAGCUCGAAAAGUUCGACGGUGUUGCCGCCGGCAAGUACACCAUUGGUCUAGGCCAGACCAAGAUGGCCUUCUGCGACGACCGCGAGGACAUCUACUCAAUGGCCCUUACCGUCACCUCCAGACUCAUCAAGAACUACAACAUCGACGUCAACUCGAUUGGCCGCCUCGAGGUCGGCACCGAGACCAUCCUGGACAAGUCCAAGUCGGUCAAGACGGUGCUGAUGCAGCUGUUUGGCGACAACACCAACAUUGAGGGCGUCGACACCCUCAACGCCUGCUACGGCGGCACCAAUGCCUUCCUCAACAGCGUCAACUGGAUCGAGUCGUCCGCCUGGGACGGCCGCGAUGCCAUUGUCGUCGCUGGCGACAUUGCCCUCUACGCAAAGGGUGCUGCCCGCCCCACUGGUGGCGCCGGUGCCGUGGCCAUUCUUGUUGGCCCCAAUGCCCCCAUUGUUGUCGAGCCCGGCCUGCGCGGCACCUACAUGCAGCACGCCUACGACUUCUACAAGCCCGACCUGACCAGCGAGUACCCCGUCGUCGACGGCCACUUCUCGCUGACCUGCUACACCCGCGCCCUCGACGCCGCCUACCGCGACUACAACAAGAAGGAGGCCAGGCUCACCAACGGCAACGCCAACGGUGUCGACUCCUCCAAGACGCCCCUCGACCGCUUCGACUACCUUGCCUUCCACGCUCCCACCUGCAAGCUGGUCCAGAAGUCGUACGCCCGACUGCUGUACCAUGACUUCCUCAGCAACGCUGACCUCCCUGCCUUUGCCGAGGUGGCCCCUGAGCUGCGCGACAUGGACUACGAAAAGUCCCUGACCGACAAGGCUCUCGAGAAGGUCUUCAUGACGCUCACCAAGAAGCGCUACCAGGAGCGCGUCAACCCCGCCAUCCAGGUCGCCACCCUGUGCGGCAACAUGUACUGCGCCAGCGUCUGGGGUGGCCUGGCCAGCCUGCUGUCCUUUGCCGACAGCAAGGCCCUCGAGAACAAGCGAAUUGGUCUCUUCAGCUACGGCUCCGGUCUCGCCGCCACCUUCCUGUCCCUGCGCGUCGUUGGCAGCGUCGAGACCAUUGGCAAGACUCUGGACAUUGCCACCCGCCUCGAGGCCCGCCAGGCCGUGCCCCCAGAGACUUAUGACGAGAUGUGCAACCUCCGAAAGCAGGCCCAUCUCCAGAAGAACUACACUCCCAAGGGCGAUGUCUCCACCAUCGCCCCCGGCACCUACUACCUGGAGAAGGUCGACGACAUGUUCAAGCGAGAGUACGCCGUCAAGGCCUAA